CCGGCCCCUCUCCUAGCAACGGCGGGACGCGUUUGGGCAUCACCGCGCAGGGACUCGCCGCCAGAGUCAUGGCAGAGGUGGAGGAAACCCUAAAGAGAAUUCAGAGCCAUAAAGGGGUUAUUGGAACCAUGGUCGUAAAUGCAGAAGGCAUCCCGAUCCGGACCACCCUGGACAACUCCACGACAGUGCAGUACGCGGGGCUUCUCCAUCAGCUGACGAUGAAGGCCAAGAGCACAGUCCGUGACAUUGACCCCCAGAACGAUCUCACUUUUCUCAGGAUCAGAUCGAAAAAACACGAAAUCAUGGUAGCUCCAGAUAAGGAGUAUCUCCUGAUAGUCAUCCAGAACCCGUGUGAGUAGACUUGCACCACACCUAUCCCGUGAUGCCACGCCGAGAACGCCUGACCAUGAUUCUUACAGAG